GAUAAUUUGUAGUUACAGCCUACAGGUCGGUUGGCGGUGCAACCAGGCAAAGUAUUUAUUAGCGUAGACUUGCUGCACUUCACUUUUUCCUUCUCACCAUACCCCUCUCUCUCUCUCUCUCUCUCACUCUCACUCUCACUCACAGACAUUAUUCUCUCUCUAGGAUCCCCCAAUUCCCAAUCCACAGAUUUCCAGAGAAAUAGAUACAGAUACCUACGACGAUCUGGAUUAACCACCAUGGAUCUACCUCCAGAAGAGCUCCAAUUCCUUUCCAUUCCAGACAUCUUGAGGGAAUCAACCUCAAUCCCUAAACAAUCCCCCAAAACUUUCUACCUCCUAACCCUAACCCUAAUUUUCCCUCUCUCCUUCGCAAUCCUAGCUCACUCUCUCUUCACUCACCCUCUCCUCACCCAAAUCGAAUCCCCAACUGGUUCUCACUCCUCUCAAUGGACCAAGCUCCUCAUCUUUCAGUUCUUCUACCUCAUCUUCCUCUUCGCUUUCUCUCUCCUCUCCACCGCCGCUGUAGUCUUCACCGUCGCCUCUCUCUACACCUCCAAACCCGUCUCCUUCUCCUCCACCAUCGCCGCCAUUCCCCGCGUUUUCCGGCGACUCUUCAUCACCUACUUGUGGGUUUCUCUAAUCAUGAUCAUCUACUACAUUGUGUUUGUGGGUUUUCUGGUUCUCCUUGUUAUAGCUGUCGAUACCCACAAUCCAAUUUUGCUUUUUUUCUCAGUGGUUGUGAUUUCCAUUCUGUUUCUUGUUGUUCAUGUUUACAUCACUGCUUUGUGGCAUUUAGCUAGUGUGGUUUCGGUGCUUGAACCGGUUUUCGGGUUCGCGGCGAUGAAGAAGAGCUAUGAGUUGUUGAAGGGGAGGACCCGAAUGGUAGUUGUGCUUGUUUUCGGGUACCUGGCUAUUUGCGGGGUGAUUAAUGGGGUUUUUGGAGCUGUGGUGGUUCAUGGAGAGGGUUAUGGAAUUUUUGUGAGGAUUAUGGUUGGUGGGUUUUUGGUUGGGGUUAUGGUGAUUGUGAAUUUGGUGGGUUUGAUGGUGCAGAGUGUGUUUUACUAUGUUUGCAAGAGUUAUCACCACCAGGGGAUUGACAAGAGUGCUCUGUAUGAUCAUCUUGGAGGUUAUCUUGGAGAGUAUGUGCCCCUCAAAAGCAACAUUCAAAUGGAGAACUUGGAUGUUUGAGGCCAUGGUGAGAUGAGAAUGUUGCAAAGAGGAAAACUUUGAAAUGGCCGGGCGAGUAUUCAAUUCUGUUUCUUGGGUACUCCUAUUUGUUAGUCAGAAUCAUGGUUUUAAAUAAUGUAUUGAUAUAUGUAUCGUUAUCGGUGGAUAUGGAUAGGUGUCAACUGAUAUUUAAAACCAUUAGAAUAAAGGUGAGGAAGGUCCUUGUUUUUUGUUUUUGGAUUUUGCUCGACUGUAGUAGUCUCAUGUAAUGUUCAAUGCUGGAAAUGUCGUGGUGUUUAAUGAUCAUGUGUUGUAAACAGACACUAGGUAGGAGAGAUUGAUUUUGUUGAUUCAAUUGGAUUGCCAAAUGAUCAUACAUGGGUAAUAUUAUUUUUCAAAUUUUAGUGUAUUUGUUAAUAUAUGUUUGUAUGCUAUGGAAUGGUGCAAAGAGGAAAGCUUUGAAA